GUGAAUAAUGUUGGAGUGGCUGGCUCUGCUCUGUGUCUCUUCAUUGAUGCACCUGAAGAUGAUAUCUGGGCACUUGUGAAUGUCAAUGUCGCAUCUGUACCAGCUAUGACAAAGUUAGUAUUGCCUGGGAUGAUUGCACGCAGGAAAGGGGCCAUUGUCAACAUUAGCUCAGCGGCAGAGAUUUUUUCUCUCCCUCUUUUGCAACUUUACUGUGCAUCGAAGGCCUUUGUCAAUCGCUUUUCUGAAAUUGUGGAAUUUGAGUGUAGAUCAUCUGGCAUCACUGUACAGACUCUUGUUCCUUGUACAGUUUGGACAAAUAUGAAUAAUUUUGAUCCUGCUAUACACAAAGAAGGUUGGGUGUCUCCAUUUCCAUCGAGGUACGCUUACCAUGCACUCUCAACUCUUGGUUACGCUCGCUGCACCACAGGCUACUGGGCCCAUAGCCUGCAGGUAUGGGCUUUAAAGAAGAUGCCAUCAUUCCUGCUGAAGACCAUGUAUAUGAAGAUUAAAAAGCCUUCUCAAAAGAAACACAGCUGAAAAUUCUAAAAAUUGAGGUGCAGAUUUCCUAGUACAGUAUUUACAGCUAUAUAGAAAAUUAUUUUAUUUGGGUUCCUAACCCUUGCCCAGCAUGCCAUCCACAACAGUUGACUGAUACCCAGGUACAGUGGAAACUAAGUUUUCAUCUUUAACCCGUAAACGGUCCAAACGUAUACAGGUACCAUCCGACUUAUGACCAAGCUUGGUUCCGACCAACUGGUUGUAAGUCAAAAUGGACGUAAGUCGAACCCUUGAAAAUUGCCGACAUACUGGGUGAGGCAUAAUGUCUAACCUUUCCUAUAUAAGCUACCUACAUAAUACUGUAAUGUAAUAUACAAUCAUUAUUUCAUUCUUUUUACCAUAAUUUACUUCUGUUGUUAUAUUUUAAUUAUUUAUGUACUGUAUAUAAUGUAUACAGGUCUCCCUCAACAUUCACGUUUUCAACUUUCACGGGCUUCACACAUUCGCGAAUUCCCAACCGCCAAAUUCCCAGCCGCCAAAUCAUAUUUAAGUUUCCCGCCACCUGCGAGUCCCUACUACCCUCCCUCCGACCCCCGCAACUGGCAGCCAGCCCUCCCACCACUCAAUGUGGUGAGUGUUUUGUUUGUUCAUUGUUUGCUAUUAAACUACAGUAUAAAUAAUGUAAA